GGGCUGGCUCUCCCAACAGCCUGCGGUGCCGACCAACGACUCUCGGUCUGCAGGAGCAGCCUGAUCCGUGUAUCGAUCUGAACCGGUGUCAUCUGCACGAAAUCAUCGAACUUUCUACAAACAAAAACUUUCCAGAUUUUCAAACUAAAACUGCGGAGCGACUUGUCCCGCGGCCGCAGCUUCAGCACCACGGGGUCGGUGCCCGGUCGGUCGGUCGGUCGGUGCCCGGUCGGUCGGUCGGUGUCCGGUCGGUCGGUCGGUGCCCGGUCGGUCGGUCGGUCGGUGCCCGGUCGGUCGGUCGGUCGGUGUCCGGUCGGUCGGUCGGUGCCCGGUCGGUCGGUCGGUCGGUGCCCGGUCGGUCGGUGCCCGGUCGGUCGGUCGGUCGGUGCCCGGUCGGUCAGUCUGCAGACCGAGAUGUCGGAGAGAUAAAUGACUCGGUCACAGAUCCUGGGGAGGAAUGCACGCGACCAUGGCCUGGCGAGCGUGGUCAAAAAAACUCUGCCAUGCUGAUAGGUGGCUGCUCCUGCUGUGCCCCGUCUUCCUCCUCCUCUUCACCGUCUCAGUGAUGACCGUCACUCUGCCGCUCCCGGCGCCGCCCGUCAUCGACGUUGAUCGCCGGUCGUCCCGCGCACUGAGCUCUGCCGGGGGUUUCAGAUCCAGGCCCGCAGGGGUCAUGGAGCCUCCUCCUGCCACCGACGUUCUGCAGUCAAUCGCUCACAUCCACAACAUUAGAAAAGAGAGUGAAUUCAAAGUGUCAGUGGCCUCGAUUCACAAGACCAACGUCAAGAGAGAGCAAGAGGAAAAUGAACACAGAAGCAAAGCGACAGCAGGUGUCAUCCAGCACCGGGCCGCUCAUCAUCAUCGUCCCCGUCUGCCACAGUUUAUAGUCAACAACACGAGGCCAAAGCAGAGAAUAAUAAUAAGUGAAGCAGUGAAGCUCGCCGCUCAGACGUACGUCCACCGUGAGGUGAGCAGAUCCACUGAGGCCCUGAUACCUGCAGGCCGACGGGAGCAGAGACUCACACACAGGAAUGCAGACGCGCAAUUACGUGGUCGCCAAACGGGCGCAGAGCUGGCUGUGGGUAAACAUGGACGAGCAGCAAAGCACUCUGGGAAAUCCAUUAAAACCAGUAAGGAGCAGCGGGCUGUGAAAAAGACCUCCAGAUAUCUUAGAAAACACAAUAAUACCGUCCAAAGGAAGAAGAACCCUCGUGCGUCAGACUACAGAAGCCGCUGCCAGAGCCGGUUCACAGAGCUGGACUUCCCGGACGACGACCGCAGGCGGGUCAGGGUCAGACCACGUGACGUCCAACCUCCGGUUACCUGGCUCAGUGAGGACGACGUCCAGAAGAUGGAGCUGCUCGCCGGGGGCGAGGUGGUCAGCAAGGCCCGGGUGCCUGCACACGGACAGGUUCUCCAAGUGGCACUGGAGCCUCCGGUGCACGGGAAGAGCCCUCUGGACACCCACGACGAACGCUGCCACCGGGGGCGCUGCUCCCUGGUCAAACGCACCGACGACUGGUUCGAGGUGUUCGCCUUCCACCUGGACCGAGUGCUGGGCCUCAACAGAAGUCUCCCCGCGGUGCUCAGGACUUUCCACAGCGAGGUUCUGCCGUACCGGUACAUCGGCGGCAGCCCCAGGCCGGUCCUGUGGUGGGACCCAGACAUUCAACACCUCACCGACAGAGACAACGACCAGAACUCGGUACCGCUCAGCUGGGUCCAGUACCAGAACCUGCUGCGGCUCCGCUGUGGGGACGAAGCAGACCUGAGGUCGGCGCCCUGCGUGGGAGUCCAGCACUCUGAGUGGGGACGACUGGCUCUGUUCGACUUCUUACUGCAGGUGAACGACCGUCUGGACAGGUACUGCUGCGGUUUCACACCUGAUCCGAGCGAAGUGUGUGUGGAGAACCUGCUGCGGGCCAAGUGUGAGCACACCACGGGCCUGCUGCUGGUCCACAUCCUGGUGAGGAAAGCAGAUCCCUCCAGACUGGUGUUCAUCGAUAACGCCGGCCGACCGCAGCAGACCACCGACAACCUCAACUUCCGUCUGGUCGAAGGCAUCGACGAGUUCCCAGAAGAAGCCGUGGCGAUGCUACAGUCCGGUUGUCUGGAGAGUCGCCUCCUCCGAUCCCUCUACACCGACCGGGAACUCUGGGAAAGUCGAGGCGGCGUGAGCGGCCUCAGGCCUCUCGUCCGCACGGUGGAGCAGAGGGGGAAGAUUCUCCUCCGACACAUCCGGGACAGGAAGCUCCAGCCGCAGAGGGACCUGUGACCGGCCUGACCGACCCGACCCGAGAUGACCCGAGAUGACCCGAGAUGACCCGACCCGUGAUGACCCGAGAUGACUUGAGAUGACCCGAGAUGACCCGACCCGAGAUGAG